AUGUCUGAACCAUCUUUAUCAUCAAAUACCGGUAGUCAAGGUAAUGCCUCAAAUAAUAAUGUUUCUAAUCCUGUUCCAAAUAUAGAUGAGCUUAGACAGCAACGUGCGUCUUCAAAGGGGAGCCUUACACGAAUUAAGAACAUUAUUGAUGCGUCAAAUAAUUUGUCUCCUACUGAACUUGAGUGCAGGUUAGGUAUGGUCGAAUCGUAUUAUAAACAAGCAUCGUAUUAUCAAGGUCAAAUUGAACGUUUGUUACCACAAGAUACAUGUCGCUCGGAAAUUGACGAACUAUAUGUCAUAGUAAAAUCACGUAUUCUAAAUCUUCUCGGCAACAGAAGAAGCUCACAAUCACAUGAACAUACAUUUUCAAUGCCUCAAAUGCAGUACAAUCGUUUGCCUAAAUUACGUUUGCCGAGAUUUGAUGGCAAAUAUCUCGAAUAUAAAAAUUUCAUAAACUCUUUCACGAAUCUAGUUCACAGCGAUCAAUUCAUUCCACCUAUUGAGAAGUUCAACCAUCUGUUAUCGUGCCUAUCCGGCGAAGCUUUGUCAACAAUUAAGUCGUUCCAAGUAACUGAAGAAAACUAUGGCAAAGCACUAGACAGAUUGAAAGAGCGGUAUGACAAUGAUACAAUCAUUUUUUUAGAAAACAUUUCAUCUAUUUUCGAAGUGGAUAAAAUUUCUAAGGCUGAUUCUAAACAACUUAGACAUAUCACUGAUACUAUCUCAGCUUUGUACAAUUCGUUACAAUCACUUGGAAGUUUUGAAAAAAUUUGUGAUGCAAUUAUCAUACAUCUUACAAUUACCAAAGUUGAUCAAGAAACUAAAAAGAAAUGUGAUGAAUAUUUAGAUAACUCUAAUCUUCCAUCUUGGAAACAAUGUUGUGCUAUGCUUGAUAAGCGAUGCCAACAACUCGAUGCUCAAACGAGGCAUAGUGUGAAACCGCAAUCAAUUCAAACUUAUCAGCCGCAUUCAUUACAAAAGGUUAGCAAGCCAAAGCAGUAUUCAUUUGCGAUCAAAAAUAUUCCUGAAAGGUCGUGUACAUAUUGUUCCAAAUUAGGUCAUAAUAUUUCUACUUGUAUCAAUUUCAUCGCACUUCCAUUAGAACAACGUCGUGAUCAAGUACAACAGCACCAAUUGUGUUUCAAUUGUUUAUCAAACCUCCACACUGUAUCACAAUGUAGCUCAAAAUAUUCUUGUCGAUUUUGUAAACAACGUCAUCAUACGUUGCUCCACAAACAUGAUUUAAAUACGUUUGUAAAUUCUAACAUUUCAUCAUCAAGAAAUGAUCAACUUAGUAAUCCAGUUACACAUGCUACUUCACAAAAGAGUGUUAAGAAGACAAAUAGUACCAUUAUUUUAGCAACAGCUCUAAUUCUCAUAAAAGAUUCUACCGGAACGUACCAAAUGGGCCGAGCGCUUUUAGAUUCAUGUUCGCAAGUGAAUUUCAUUACCGAUUCUCUAGCACGGGCUCUAAACUUAAAAAGGUCGAGAUCUGAAAUAGAUAUCGUUGGUGUUGGUUCUUCUGUGCUGAAAAUUCAACAUAAUACGCAAACUACAAUCCGAUCACGGAUAACCGAGUUUGAAACAUCACUAGAUUUUCUCAUUUCAAAGAACAUUAGUAGCUAUCAUCCAGAUAAAGCAUUUUCGUUGAAAGAUUUAAAUAUUCCAUCACAUAUGGAACUUGCAGAUCCAGAAUUUAAUGUCCCUAAAGGUAUUGAUAUGUUACUUGGAGCAGAAGCUUUCUGUUUGUUGUUAACGCAAGGUCGAAUGUCUUUGGGUAAAAACUUACCAAUUUUACAAAAUACUGAAUUUGGUUGGAUUGUAUCCGGAAGGUAUGCUUUGUCACAUAAACCGAUUGAAGCAGUCAGUCAUUGCACCAUCACUUCAAUCGAAGCUUUGAACAAAAAUAUUGAAAAAAUGUGGCAACUAGAAGACGUCUCUAAUAAACGUCAGAAGUGGUCAGAGGAACAAAUCAUGUGUGAACAACAUUUCAUUGAUAAUGUAUCUGUAAACUGUGAUGGAAGAAUUAUGGUAAAACUACCAUUUAAAAAUAGUACAGAUUUAUUAGGUAACUCUAAAGAUAUUGCGUUACGUCGAUUUUAUGCUUUGGAAAAAAAGCUUGAAAAGAAUAUUCAGCUCAAAGAAGAAUAUUCAAAAUUCAUGAAAGAAUACGAAGAAUUGUUACAUAUGUCAUUGAUUCAUAGUCCAAAUUUAUCAAUACCUCAUUAUUAUAUUCCGCAUCACUGCGUGCUGAAGUCAAGUAGUGAAUCAACUAAGUUACGCGUGGUGUUCGAUGCUUCUUUCAAAACGGCAUCACAGGUCUCACUAAAUGACAUCCUUGCAGUGGGUCCUACCAUACAAAAAGAAUUACUCAUUAAUCUGCUACGUUUUCCUUGCCAUAAAUAUGGACUUAUGCGGACAUAA